AUGUGGCUCCUGGGGUCAACGUCCCAAGUGAAGAUGAUGAUGAUGAUGGAGGAGUCCCCCCCUGCUCGCUCCGUGCAGAGUCCCGGGUCCAGAGUCCACAGCAUCGAGGCCAUCCUGGGCUUUAAAGAGGACACGGUCUUCCACAAAGCCGGCACGGAACCGGUUCCGGUCCAAGCUGGGCCUGGAGCCGUCCCUCUAAGGAAGAAGGUUCACCUCUCAGACAGCUGCGACAGUGCCUCCGCUGCAGAAGCGGACUCUCCGGACCACGACGGGAAGCUGUCCGACGACGAGACCCAGAAGAAGAAGCACCGCCGGAACCGAACCACCUUCACCACCUUCCAGCUGCACGAGCUGGAGCGGGCCUUCGAGAAGUCCCACUACCCAGAUGUGUACAGCAGAGAGGAGCUGGCCCUGAAGGUCAACCUGCCGGAGGUUCGAGUCCAGGUGUGGUUCCAAAACCGGCGAGCCAAGUGGCGCCGUCAGGAGAAGCUGGAGGUGGGCUCCAUCAAGCUGCAGGACACCCCUUGCUCCUCUCUGCUCUCCUUCAGCCGGCCCCCCUCGGGGCCCCUGGGCUCUGGGCUGCAGCUGGACCCCUGGCUCUCCACCCCGAUCAGCCCCUCCGCCUCCCUGCAGUCCCUGCCAGGCUUCAGCUCGCAGAGCCUCUCGGGCACUUACGCUCCAUCUCCUCCUCCUUCCAUGCCUCCAUCCUUACCCACAUCUUUUUUCAACUCCCCAGCUUUGGGACACGGCCCUCACCUGGCCCACAUCGGCUCUGUGUGCCCCCCACCACCGACGUACCAGUGCACAUCUAACCCUAGGAACUCAAGUAUCGCCUCCCUGAGGAUGAAGGCCAAGGAACACAUUCAGUCUAUUGGGAAGACGUGGUGA